UUGCAACUUCUUGGUUUAAUACAGCGGAAGUCUCGCAUUAUUUGACUCCCCUCAGUACCCGUAGUGUGCGUAUGACAGUGUGCUGCCGGAAAAAUGUCUGUACCUCAGUUGGUGUUGUGGUUUCGUUGUGUUUUUGGGCCGAAACUUCUGCGAAUCCACCGGCAGCCGGAGCAGAACCCAGCUGAGAGAAACGUGACCACUCACGCUGCCGGCGGGGUCCGGGAAAGGCAAGGUCUGCCGUACCAGCCCAGGUCUCUUGAAAGACAUACAGAGAGCAUCCUCAGCUGGGCCUCAUUUCUGUGGUCUGUUUCCUACUACACUUCACCAUUUGUUGCAUUUUACCUCUACAGAAAAGGUUAUUUCUGCAUGUCUAAAUUGGUCCCAGUUGGCCAGUAUGCUGCAACACUUAUCAUAAUUCUGUUUGGAGUAGCUUGCCUAAGGGGAAUUGGACGUUGGACCAAUCCAGAGUAUGUUCAAUUCAUUACAAUCUUGGAAGAAACUAAAAAGAGUCAAACCCCAGAAAACAAGAAAAGGCUGGCUUGUUACAACUUUGACUUUCAUCACUGGCCAGUAGAUUUUAGCUGGGAAAAAGUCAGUAGCAGGAAGACAAAAACAAAUGGUGUUUCUUUAUUGAAGCCAGAACCAAAGUACAGAGGAUCAGCUGACAGUAUGCUAAGCUCAGUGGGCAAAUUACCUUGCCAGAUUGUCAGUUACCUCAUAGCUCAUUCUUUUGGACGUAGAAUGCUCUAUCCUGGAUCUUUCUAUCCACUUCAGAAGGCAAUGAUGCCAAUGUUAAUUCAGGGACAGAUUCGUCUUGUUGAGGAGUUUGGAGGUCAGAGAGCAAAACUGCUAGCAUGUGAUGGAAAUGAAAUUGAUACCAUCUUUGUGGAUAGAAGAAAAACCCAAGGGGAAAGAGGAAAAAAAAUAGUCAUUUGCUGUGAAGGAAAUGCUGGAUUCUAUGAGAUUGGUUGUAUGAACACACCUCUAGAAGCUGGCUACUCAGUUUUGGGCUGGAAUCACCCUGGUUUUGCAGGCAGCACGGGUGUGCCAUUUCCCCAGAAUGAAGCAAAUGCUAUGGAUGUGGUUAUGCAGUAUGCUCUUAACGAACUUGGAUUUCAACUUGAUGAUAUUAUCAUCUAUGCUUGGUCAAUAGGUGGUUUCACAGCAACUUGGGCAGCCAUGUCUUACCCAGAAGUCAGUGCACUAGUCCUGGAUGCCUCCUUUGAUGACCUCUUACCCCUUGCCCUCAAAGUCAUGCCUGAAAGCUGGAGAUCUCUUGUAACUAGAACUGUGCGUCAGUACCUCAACCUCAACAAUGCAGAACAGCUGUGCAAGUUUCAGGGGCCAGUUCUUCUUAUUCGGAGGACCAAGGAUGAAAUUAUUACUACUACAGGGCCUGAAGACAUCACGUCCAACAGGGGAAAUGAUUUACUCCUUCGUCUUCUUCAGUUCAGGUAUCCAAAUGUGGUGACUGGUGAGGGUGUACAAGCAGUGAGGGAGUGGCUGAGUGCCAGCAAUAGUGUUGAAGAAGCUUCAUUAUAUAGCGCAUAUGAAGUAGAUGAUGAAUGGUGUACCUCCGUCCUACAGUCUUAUCAGGCUGAUCAGUCUAAACCAUUCCCGUGGUGUGUUGGAGAAGACAUGAAAGAAGGAAGAAGACAGCUGGCAUUAUUUCUAGCUCGGAAGUACAUGAAAAAUUUUGAUGCAACACACUGCACACCCCUACCACCUUAUGAAUUUCAGUUACCCUGGACGUUAUAACACUGAGAGGAUGUCAAGGAGCAUUUCUACUUGAAGCAUCCAAGAUGCGAUACCCGUUUUUGUCAGCUAAUUGUGCCAGCUGAUUUGGAAGAACCUGUAUAACUGAAGAUUGUAGUUUAUGAGCAACUUGACUUGAUGACCUCAUGCAUUUUAAAUAUUCCACCUUGGAAACGUGUGUUAAAAUGUCAGCUAAUCCCAUCUGCUCAAAUCUAUCUAUUGAGUAGACAAAUAUUUUACCAGUUAUUCAAGCAUCUGUUAUUAUUUUUGUACUUUUGAACUACAGCAUAAUAAUUUAUUUGUGAAUAUCUUUUUAACUUCUGUAGAGGUUGACAUGACAUCUUCCUCAAGCAAAUAAAUCUUAAGACUCUUCUAGUGAGAUUUGCCUGAAAUUGGACUAAGCUACCUUGUUGUAAUUUUUUGAAGAAUUUAUAAUAUUGUUAUUUACCAUAUGUUUGAAACUGAGUUUAUGUGGUGGUCAUCAUAAUCGUUUAAACAAAUUGAAUUAUUGGAUUACUACAGGCACAAAAACCAUGUUCUCAGUGUCUCAAUCUCUUUGCAGCAUAUUAAUUUCUGAUUAUUGCACUAGUGCACAAAGUGCUCACACAUUAUGUGUAUUUUUAUUUUAAAUCAAGCAAAUUUAAACAAAGUAAACACUUUUGUUCUACAUGCCCACAUAGUAAUACGGAAAAGUUCAUAUGGUACCAAACUAAGCUGUAGAAAAAUGUGUAAUGUAAUAAUCAUUUUUAUGCCUGCACAGAUCUAUGGCACGAUUAAAUUGUUUUGUUUGUUUUUGUUUUCUUACAUUAUGUUUGAAUUUGUUAUGUUGUAAACCUGAAGAAAUAUAAUUCAGUUAAUCAAA